CUGUAACUCGGUCGUUCUGACGCAAGCGCUCGCGGAGGGAUAUCAGCUAUGGCGACACAUUUUGUAAUCUGUCUUGUUGCCUGGAGAUAAAUAAAAUGGAGUCGGAAAUCGCCUUUAAAGUCUUUCCCUCUGUCAGCCAUGUUGGCUCAUAACGAACUGUCAUAUGAUGUCUAGAGACAUAUGAUGCGGGCCCGCCUUCAUCCAAAAUGUCGUCAGCAGCGUCCUAACCCGAAAUAAGGACGUAACAGACUUUAUCCCGUGCCUGGGAUCAGUGACGCUGUUGCGGCGCAGCGUCAGAGCUCGAGCUCGGAGCGGCGGCGGCGGGAGAGAAGUCAUCGCUUCUCCUGCUGCUAUUCAGCACUUCGCGUAGGGUUACAGCAGGUUGAGCCUGGAACCAGCUGUCCUCCAAGAUGAACCCUUAUGAAUGAAAGUGAGCCUGUUCAGUAAGCUGUUAGCUUCCAGCGGUCAAAGCCAUGCCUGAAGAUUAGAGCCUCCUCUUGCUUACAGCAAUACGAAUAUACAGAAGAUUCUACAUGACUCUUCAUGUAGACCUUCCUGUGUUUGUCUUGCUGGAUUAAGUCCUUCCACCCCUAAUACACUAUCAGCUCUGUCCCUUUCAAACCGGUCCCUCUUGCACUUUCAUGACCGCUUGGGAACAUGUAUCUGCAUUUGAGAGUGGCUCCAACCUAGUCUCAUGCGUCCAAUGAGUGGAGAGUCAGACGGCCCUGCCCCUGAAAGAGUCUCGCAGGCCUUCCCUUUAACAGGCCCUGUGUCCUCCUCAGAGAUGUCCUCACUGCAGUCACUAGGGCCAGUGCAGAGCUGGCUGGGUCAGGAGCUGGAGAAAUGUGGCAUCGAUGCCAUGAUCUACACGCGCUAUGUCCUUAGCCUGCUGCUGCACGACAGCUAUGACUACGACCUGCAGGACCAGGAAAAUGACAUCUUCCUGGGCUGGGAGAAGGGAACAGGGAAGAAAUGGGGGAAGAGCAAGAGGAAGGGAGGGACUGAUCUUAGUCUUGAAGAGAUGAAGAAACAAGCUGCUGUGCAAUGUUUACGUUCAGCAUCUGAUGAAAAUUCUGGAAUUGAAAGCUUGGUCGAAGAGCUAUGCUCUAAGCUCAAGGAUAUUCAAAACAAACAGAAAGAAAAAGAAAGGCAAGUAAAUAAAAAAUCUGAUACAUCACAGUCUCCUGAACCAGAUGAAUCCUUUUCUUCCAAGGACCAGGUUGAGAUGUACUAUGAAGCUUUCCCACCUCUCUCAGAAAAAUCUGUUUGUCUCCAAGAAAUCAUGACCGUGUGGAACAAAGCUAAAGCCUGCACGUAUUCCAGCUCAUCAUCAUCUGCUGUCCCUCAAACAAGCACAGACACAUCCUCUCCAAAAGACUGCACCAGCGAAGGGGAAGCUUUUAAAGACCGAACAGUUGAUGCACCCAGUUCCACCACCUCAAUCAGUGAGAGGGCCCAGCACCGAUGCACUAACAGGGAGAAGGAAAACCGAUUCCAUGGAAGCGCAACAGGAGUGACUGAUGAUCGGGUUCCUCCUCAUAGUAAGCGGCAGGCGAGACACCGGUCUGAGGGGAGGUUCCGUCCCAGAUCGUGGUCCUCUGGCUCUAGUGAGGCUGGCUCAAGCUCCAGUGGUAACCAGGUUGACCAGACCCGCAGUUGCAAAGCAGUCCGCAUAAGACACAAGUCUCGAGAGGUCAGCAGCAGAAACAAAAGAGGCCGCAGUGGCAGCGGACAGGUCAAACUGGCCCUUAAAGUCAUCGACAAAGAAGAGCGGAAAAAUGCACGUGCCAACAUCAGUACCACCGGAGGCCUAUCUAAACAACAACAGCACUACAUGAAAAAAGGCAAACGACCUCUGAGGGAGAUCCACAAAGAUGCUAAUCUGGUUGAGGCACAGGAGUCAGGAGGAGAAGCUAAAAGAAAAGAAUAUAUGGAGGAGCCACUUUGGUACACAGAGCCCAUCUCGGAGUACUUUGUCCCUCUCAGUAGAAGUAAAUUGGAGACAAAGUAUCGUAGUAAAGAAGAAUCUUCCAAUGACUUGGGCAUGUCAAUUGAUGUGGACUGUCUGUCAGAGAGAAUUCAAGGAAUCUGCAUUGCAAAUUCUUGUAUUCAAAGGGCAUACCUUGCAGCAGGCACUUUUGUGGAUGGCCACUUCAUUGAAGUGUCUGGUGAAGGUGACGAAGAGGCUCCUGAACUAAAUGGGAUUUCAAGCUGCCCUCCUCCUGAAGAUGGUCAAAAUUUAGAUGAUGAGCAUCUGUCUGAAUUCACUCACUUCUAUGAAGUUGAUCUUUAUCAAUCCAUAUUGGAUCCUAGUGCCUCAGAUGCGGUACAAGAAAGCCGAAUCCUGAACAUGAUUCGACAGAAGAGCGUGGAGCGAAAACACUUUGAAGCAGGAUGUGUAGUUUUAGAUGGCCUUGAGCUGCAAGGGGAAAGUGCAAUAAGGGUUGAUUCUCUGGGAGCCUCAGAAGCAGAUGUUUCUAUAACACAAGAUAUGGAAAACAUUGCCCAAGUGUGGGAGUGCUGUUCAUCAUCAAGCUUGGAAGAUUUGGAAGGCGAAAGCUGUCCGGGUGACUCUCCAGUCAGGCUCUCCCCAGUGUUGAACAGUGUUCCGUUUAACUUUAGAAAACUGUCUGGAGCUUUUGUAGGGCCUCAUCUCCAAGAAGCCAGCGGUAGCAUCUCUGCCCUAAACUCUUGUUUUCCACUUUUUGAGUUGCAAUACGAUAGCCCUUCCUUUUCUUUUCCCUGCGACUCGCUUACGGAGGGACAGGACAACGUAGAUUCAAGUAGCUGUUUAGAUCCACAAGGAAACAAACAAUCCCGUUUGCUAAUUUGGACCAAAAACAGUGCCUUUGAUGAAACAGAACACUGCUCUAACUUAUCAACAAGGACCUGCAGUCCCUGGUCCCACUCAGAGGAGACACGGUCAGAUAGUGAACAGAUCAAUGCUCCAGCAGAUGAAUCCGCUCAGUUUGGCAGUGAAGAGGUCAGCUGUAUUUCCCUUAUCCCACCUUUAUGCCUAGAAGAAGAGCUUUUAGAUUUCUUUCAAGAGAACUCCAGUCACCAGCAGGAAGAAUCCAGUGUAGGCACAGAAUCCAACCAGCCCUUCAAUAAGAAAUCGAAAUUGGAGUCUGUUUGUGGAAUAGCAUUAGAGCAGGAUGAGAGUAAACUAUAUAAUGCUGUUGUGUUUUCAGAUGUCCCAAAUCAACAAAAUGAUGAAUACACCUCAGGGAUAAUAAAAGACAUUUGGAUGGCUAUUGGAGACAGAGACUGUGUCUUAACACUCGGGGUAAAGAAUACAGGGGAGCGCUUGUUUCCAGAGGAGACUACCGGCUAUCAAUGCAGCUGUCUUGACAAGGAUGUAAAAGGUGAAAUUAUUCAAAAGAAAGCUGUGCAGUGUUCGGAGUAUCAUCUUUGGGAUGGGCAGAAGGAGGACGAGGGACUUCAUAAAAACAAGCUCUCUAAAUUGAAUGAUGGGGAUUACACGACGCCGGCAAAGCCUUGGAAUUGUAAUUCACAGGACAGCACCUCCUUUAUCCUUGGUGGGGUUUAUGGAGAACUGAAGAGUCUAAGCGGCGACAGGGAAUGGGCUAUGAUUCCACCUGGUGAUGCUUGUGGCAGUUUGUUGCAGUGUGCAGCAACCACAUCUUCUGACAUGGUAACCAUUUCAGGGGCGGAUGUGUUCAUGAACACGAGCAGUUGCUUUGCUCCUGGCCACAAGCCAUUGUGGAGACCUCUUGUGUCCCUUGGUCAAAAUGAGCAGACUACCAAGGGACCGGGGGAUGGUUUAAAUAAGGGAUUUUCUGUUGUCUUCCAUGAAGAUUUACUGGGAUCAUGCGGAGGCUUCCAUCGAGAAGAUUCAGGACUGGAAUACCCGUUUUCAUCCUUUGAUUUGAACAACCCAUUUUCCCAGGUCCUGCAUGUGGAGUGCUCCUUUGAGCCAGAGGACAUGGCCUCUUUCAGCCCGGGAUUUAAGCCAAAAUCCAUAUUAUGCUCCGACAAUGAGCCCUUUUGCCCUUGGUUAUAUGGCAUCAACCGGACUCAGUAUCGGGCCAUUCGAAUUUCCCCAAGGACUCAUUUCCGGCCAAUAUCUGCCUCGGAGCUUUCUCCAGGUGGUGGCAGUGAGUCAGAUGUAGAGUCUGAGAAAGAGGAAGCAAGUCUUCCAGUUGGUCAAGCAGACCUCUUUGAUGACCCACAGGCUGACCUCAAGCCUCUCGAGGAGGACGCCGAGUGUGAGGGCCCUUACUACGGAAAAUACGAGCUGGAGUCUGGGAAGUUCCUACCCAGAUUAAAAAAGUCUGGCAUGGAGAAGAGUGCCCAGACAUCGCUCGAUUCACAGGAGGGUGGGAGCACCCUUCUGCCGAUCAUUGAACAAGAGAUUUGCGUACAUUGUGAGAUGGCAUCGGUUUCGGUGCCAUGUUCUCAUGUGCAGUCCUCUGUUCAUCAGCAAGAGGAAUCUAGCAGGGAGACAGAGUCUUGCAAAUGCACUGCAACUGAUCAGAUUCCAAAAAGUGAGAAGACAGUUGAUGUUGCUCAAGAUAUACAAGAGUUUCCACUGUUGAAUUUUGGAGAACAGUGCUUAACUAAUAUGCAGAAAGAAGAGUGCUGGUGGCAGAGUACUCUGUGUUCUCCUUUAUUUCCAAGUCCUCAGUGCGGAGGAAGCAGUAAUGUAUGAUUCUUCUGGUGAGCGCGGAGGCAUACCAAUGCUAAUUUCCUCCUAUCACUUUCAGCCAAAAGCCAGAGGAGAGAUAGGAGGACCCUUUACAAGAACAGUGGGCUCGGUCUUAACCAUGUUGUCCUAAGCCCUGUUAUUCCUCAGUCAAUUCAUCUAAAACGGCGUAUCACCAAGAUGAAAGCAUAAAGAGAGGAAACAUGGCAGUAGGUUUGACGUACAGUUAGAUGAUUCUGGUCAAAAUCAUUUAUUAUAGGCUUGUUUUUCAGUCUGUUAAUUCCUAGGUUGAUCAAUUUUGAAAAUGAUAAUAAAAAAAAGCAUAGUUAAGCAUUAAGUUUGUUCUUUAAUUUAUCCCUAACAGGUUUUAGCUUCACUUUUACGUUUGCUCUAGGAUCCACUAUAACUGUGGUCCUACUGAUUGUGCAUGUGCUUGUGAAUCUAGUCUCAGUCCUUCUAAUAGUCAAAGUUUCUGUGACUGAACUAUGAAUAAUCAGAAGUCAGGUUGAAAGCGCUACAAUUGCGACAUCCCCUCCCCUAAUCAGAUAAUUUACCGGUUUGCUUAUUCUUUUUCUUUUAAAUUACUUGUAAAGGAUUGAGUUGUGUGAGGUUGAGAAGAAAAAAUCCCCCUCCCACCCCCCACUUUUGUUUUGUCACAUCAGUUUUUGGUAAUGUUCCCUUUUAGUUCAGUGCUGCUUUGAAAACAUAUUAAAGAAAUAAAGCAGGGUACAUAUGUUGAAGGUGUUGUAAUACAACAAUUAAAACCGCUAAAACGGAAGGCUCAAUGAAGAAAUAACCCCCUUGUCCUUGAAAUUCGAAGUUGCUUUCUUUGCUUGAGUUUUCCCUUUUAACACAGCCAUUGUGAUAAAUGUUACAGUUUGCUACGUUAUUUUGUCCACUUCAGGUAAAAAAAAAAGAAAAAAAUCUUUUAUGCAUUUGUCAGAUAGCUUGAUUUGAAAAGUCACCUUUCAUAAAAGUACAUUUUAGAGAGGGUCAUAGUUUUAAAGGACCGUUUAUAUGGGGGGGGGGAUUAGUUUACUGAAUAAUUUGACCCAACUAGACAAUUUCACGUUAGUUGUUUCACGUUAGCAUCUAUCAGUUGCAGUUUGAUAUUAUAGACAUAAUUUUUGUUGUUUCUUUAAGUUUAGUGUAAAGUUUACGUAUUUCAGUUAAGUCUGUUCCCCUUCUUUACAACACAGAAUUGUGACUACUGAUGAUUUGUAAUUUGGAUUCAUUGUUUUAUUUUUUACUUAAAAAGAAAAGAAAAGAAAGAAUUGAGUUUCCAGUAAUGACAGUUGAUUGCUUGAAGGUUGAUUCUUUUCAAGUACUUUUCCUUCUUCUUGUCUCAGAAAUAAGUGGUUGUUUCAUUGUGUGAUGUGAUGUAUCAUUGAAGAGGGGUGUAUAAAAGCAAGCUAGUAUUUUGGCACACCAUAACUCUACAACCUUACAAUAUAUUAAUGUAUGUUUGUUAAAAAAAAAAAAUAUAUAUAUAUAUAUAUAUAUAUAUAUAUAUAUAUAGGGUUUAUUUGUGACACGUUUCCUACAAAGUUGCUUGUCUAUAAUUUAUUUUAUGGCUUUGGAGUGAGAGGUGGUAGGGAUAUGGUGUUCAUUAUUCAAAAGCCAAUCCAUCGUAAAUUUCAUUUUUGCUCUAAUACCAUCUUAUCCAUUCGCUUUCGUCAUCUUCACUGUCAAGGAUGUGUAGUUUACCAUCUGCUAGCUUAAUUCUAACCUGGAUGGGUAUUUUCCCCCCUUUCAUUGUAAUUUUUUUUUUUGUUUGUGAAUUUUUUUUUUUUUUUAAACCGAUGUUAGCAUGAGAAAUUACUACAUGUAUGCUACAUCAACAGAGUGUAAAAUGCUACGAUGUGAAAUUUGGUGACAUUUGCAUUUUUCUUUUUUUUUUUUUUUUUUUUUUUUUCUUUUUUUUGAGCACCCUCUGUGUGUUUUCUUUUUAAAUUAUUUUAAGUGUGUGCAUUUUUUUUCUGUACCAAUGUGGGGAAACUGGUUUUAAAGCAUUACUUGUUUAAUGUUUGUAAGGGGGAAUUUGUAUGUGGCAUUAAAAUAGAAAAUGAUAUCGCCCCAUUCAUCAUUGACCAACAGAUGCCUUUUGAAAAAUUCCCAAAUUGGGCACAAGGAUUUCAUUGUCUAAACUUUAUUUGGCAUAAAAUGUCAAAUAAAUUAAAAUAGCAAAAAGGAAGGAAUAUAUAUAUAUAUAAUAUAAACAGUGAUUACAUAUAACUUAAAUGUGCUUAUUCCCCUUUGCAAGUGAGAAAGUUUUUGUUGACUGCAGUUUUUUCUAUUGGUGCUAAUAUUCAUACACUACAACAAAGAUGUAAUCUUCAAAUGUGUGUAAGAAAAAAUGGCCACACAGUUAGUCCUAAAAGAUUUGUGCUUCUUUUAACAAACCGGUUGGGCCUUGUUUUUGAGACAAGGUCUAGACCUAAUGUUUGUUAAAGUGUGUGAUCCAGAACUGUAGACCCUAACCUUGGAGAGAUGAUUAUGUGUGACCCAGUUUGACUGUUUGUGUGUUUCCCCACAUUAUUUGCUCAUUGUGGUUGUGGGAUUUUGAUUAUUGUUUGAUGGAGAUUAAUAAAAAUUUAUAGUGGUAGAAAGUGAGUGUGAGGGCACAAAGUUUUUGUACUGUAUGCUAUAACUGGGUACAGCAGUGCGAAUAGACUCCUUUAUUGGAUUUUUAUUCUAAUUCAAUGUAAUUUUUUCAGUUUAAAAUGCUGUCAGAUUCUGAAAUUCAGUUACACAAUGCUGGCAUCACUUUCUCUAAUCAAUCCCAAUCCUUGUUCUGUCAAGCACUUGGAGUUAAAUAUUGCCGUCUUCCAAAAUUGUUACUUUAGUUUGGUUUUUGAUAAGAUUAUGAAACUUGUUUAUGGUGGGUGGGUGACUGAGGACAAAAGCAUUUUAGAUUUUGAGAAAAUGCAUAAAUCUAGUAAAUGUGUUUGACAGUCAAAUAGAACAGCAUAGACCGAUUAUUUACUGUUAAACACUUUUUCUUUUUUUUUUUAAUGGUUCCUCUCUUAGUUUGAACAGACUUGUUUUUUUUUUCUUCCAAGUCUAGCUCUGUGUGCAAGGUGGGAUGGUUGCUGAAGAAAGACCUGAGCACUCGUGUCUAUGGGGGACUGAAAAUUGCAUUUUCUUUUAUUUAUUUUUUUCAAAGGUUUUGGUUUAGUCAGUACAUUUGAAGAGGUUAACUUUCAAGUUCUUAAAGGUUUAAAGUUUUGAUUGCAAUGUUGUUUAACUUUUAAUGCAGAACUCUCAGUUUCCUUAUUGCAAUCAUUGUCAAGUUUCUAAACCUUUAAUAAACAUAUUUAAAAAAAAAAAAA